UGCUAUAUUUUAGUUUCUACUUUGUCUAUCAAUUACCAUUUCCACUUUCACUUUCAAUCUCCAAGUAUGGCUGAUGCGCUUAUUUCUGUUCUCUUGGAGCAGUUGGCAAAAAUCGCUGCUCAGGAGGCGGAAAAAGAGAUACGGUUGGUCGUUGGUGUCAAAAAAGAAGUCGAAAAGCUUAAAAACAAGCUGCAAACUGUGAAGGCGGUGCUCAAUGAUGCUGAGAAAAGACAGGUUAAGGAAGAAGCUGUGAAGCUUUGGUUAGAAAAGCUGAAGGACGCAUGCUACGAGAUGGACGACGUGGUGGAUGAGUGGAACACUGCAGUGAUUAAAUUGAAUAUUCAGAAAGAAGAAGAAAAUGCUGCUGAUAUCACUCCUGUUCUGAAGAAGAAGGUAUGCUCCUUCAUCCCCUCCCCUUCAUGUUGUUUCCUUCAAGCUGAUAAACUUGAUAUGCGACGUGACAUUGCUCACAAGAUAAAAGAAAUUAAUGGAAAAUUAAAUGAGAUUGUAACAGAGAAGAGCACGUAUGGGUUUGAGUUGACUAGGGGGCCUACCCUAGAAGAAAUUGAACGACAAAAAACUACCUCCUUUGUUGAUGUGUCCGAAAUAUGUGGUCGUGAUAAGGUUAGUAAUUAUCUAGUGAGCAUCCUCUUAGGCAAUUGUAGUGAAGAAGAAAGAAACUUCCAUGUUAUCUCCUUAGUGGGCAUGGGUGGUAUUGGAAAAACGACUUUGGCCCAACUGGUCUAUAAUAAUCGUGUGGUGCAAGCCUAUUUUGACAUAAAAAUGUGGGUUUGUGUUUCUGAUCCUUUUGAUCAGUGCAAGGUUGCCAUAGAAAUCCUUGAAUCUAUUGAACGUCAAUCCCCCAACAUGAUUUCAUUUCAAAUUCUAUUAGAAAAAAUUUGUGAUAAAGUUAGGGGAAAGAAGUUCUUUCUUGUCUUAGAUGAUGUGUGGACUGAUGAUCACACGAAGUGGGAACAAUUAAAAAAUGCUCUCAAAUGUGGUUCCCACAGUAGUAGAAUUAUAGUCACUACACGUAAAAGUAAAGUUGCAGAGAUGAUGGAAAGUGCAAAAACGGUCAAUUUGGAGGUAUUGUCUAACGAAGAUUGUUGGUUAUUGUUUAGUAAAAUAGCAUUUUUUGAUAGGGAUGUUGAGCAACGUAGGCAACUAGAGGACCUUGGUAGGCAAAUAGUAGAAAAAUGCAAAGGCUUGCCGCUUGCUGCAAAGACUCUAGGAAGUCUCAUGCGCUUCAAGAGAAGUAGGGAAGAAUGGAAGAGUAUUUUGGAUAACAAUUUGUGGGAAUUUGAAGAUGUGGAAAAAAAUCUUUAUGCACCGUUGUUACUGAGUUAUUAUGAUUUAUCCUCACCAUUGAGACGAUGCUUCUCAUUUUGUGCUGUUUUUCCGAAAGAUUAUGUCUAUUCUUGCGAUGAGUUGGUAUUUAUAUGGAUGGCACAAGGAUAUAUCAAGUCAAAGGAAAAUAUGGAGAUAGAAAUCAUCGCUAGAGACUACUUUGAAAAUUUAGCCAUGCGCUCUUUCUUCCAAGAUUUUGAGAAAGAUAAGAAUGAUGGCAAGAUAAAAAAAUGCAAAAUGCAUGACAUAGUGCAUGACUUUGCACUAUUAAUGUCAAAAAAUGAAUGCUUUACAAUCAAUUCUAACAUAGGGUUGGAAACUGAUUAUAAAACUACCCGCCAUUUGCAAUUAGAAAUAUCCAAAGAAGCCCAAUUUCCUAAGUCCAUUUAUAGUGCAAAAAAUUUGCGCACCCUCCUUUUUGUAAAUGAGAGUGACUAUAUGUUGUCAACUUUAUUUCAGCAUUUUAGAUGUUUACGGAUAUUAACUUUGGAUUGUAAAUAUGGUGGUAUGUUAAAGGAACUUCCAGAUGCAGUGGAAAAUUUCAUCCAUCUAAGGUAUCUCAAUUUAGUCAAUUAUUGUGGAGAUGCAUUGCCUGAAACCAUUUGUAAUCUUUGCAAUUUACAAAUUUUGAAUAUUGAAAUUGGUGGUACGGAGUUCCGAAAAUUGCCACAGAGGAUGGAUAAAUUAAUUAACCUAAGACAUUUUAAUUUGGAUAUGAAAUUUGAUUGGUUUUAUGUAAAGUUUCCAAGAAGGUUUGGGAGAUUAACUUCUCUUAGAACAUUAAAUUAUUUUAGCGUAAGUGGUAAGGAUGAUAACGAAAGAUGUAAAUUGGGAGAAUUAAGAAAUUUGAACCACCUUCAAGGGACUCUUAUAAUAAAUGGACUAGGGAGCGAGGUAGAUGCAUGUGAGGCUGAGAAAGCACAAUUGAAGAACAAGAUAGGCCUUCAUACUUUGGUGCUAUGGUUUGAGGAAUGGGAUGAUGAGGAAAUAAUAAGGGAGAAAGAUGUAUUAGUUUUGAAUGCCUUAGAACCACCUCCAAACUUGGAAUAUUUAAAAAUCGGUUGCUACAAGGGACCAACAAUAUUCUCUAAUUCGAUAAUGUCUUUAACCAAUUUGAAAAAACUUGAUAUUAACUUUUUAUGUUUAGAGCAUUUGCCUCCUCUAGGGAAACUUCCGUUCCUCGAAUCAUUUAGGAUAGAGUGUAAUGAUAGAUUGAAAAAGGUGGGUGUUGAAUUUAUGGGAAUAGAAGGAUCCAAAAAAGAGGAGAAAGACGAUAUAAUAAUUACAGUAUUCCCAAAUUUGAAAUCUCUCAUAUUUUUUAAUUUAAUCGAGUGGGAAGAAUGGAAUGGGAUUGGAGGAGAAGAAGAAGACUGUAUUAGAUUCACCAUAAUGCCACAUCUUCAAGAGUUGUCCAUUGGGGAAUGUCUAAAGUUAAAGUCGCUGCCAAACUUCCUUCGUACAACUCCAUUACAGGAAUUGAAUAUGAAUAAUUGUACAAUUCUCAAGGAACGCUACAAAAGAGGGAUAGGAGAGGAUUGGCCCAAGAUUUCUCACAUCCCUAACAUCAUUAUUGAUUACAAGUAUGUGCAAAGAGAUGGUCAAGAAUUAUAAGCUAGAGAAGAGUGUGAUGAAGAAGAGCGUGAUGAAGAUAAGGAUGACAAUGAAGAGGAUGACAAAGGGCUGAAUGACAAAGAAGAGGACUUACGAUCUCUGUGUGUUUCUGGGUUCAUGAAUUUUAGUUACAAGUUUAGAUUUUUGGAUGUUGAUGGUCAAAGAUGAUUCAUGCUUAUGUAACAUCUUCUUCAUUGAAAUUCAUUCUCAACUUGAUUCAACUUCGCAAUUCUGAUCCAGUCACGGGGAAGUAUGUAUUGUGAUGAAUCAAAUUUUCACAUGUGGAUGCACAUUUGAGAAAGGGGCACAGAAGUAGAUCCUCUAUCAUUUCACAAUGGAAGCAAGGAAUUGCAUCGUGGAACAUAUCAUGUGUAAUCCAUAUUAUAUGGUGGCAGAUGAAUGGUGAGCCAGCAUUAUACAUUUAGGCAAUGAUGAAUGCAAAGGCAAACGGAUUUCUCGUCUUACUGAUUUAGUAUCAUAGAAGAGGGGGAAGAGUGGGAUGUUACCACCAGGAGUGGAGGGAAUGAGAUGAGAAAUGCCUACUUUUCUUUUUACCAUUGGUAGUCGCCCAAUUUGGAAAUGACAUUCAAAAAUGGAUAUACCUGAAUUAUUCACCUAUAUGUUGAAGGAACAAAGAAGAAGAAGAAGGCAAUCAAGUCAUAUUACUAUUGUUCACUUUGGGCAGUUCAAUUCUGAUUCACCUAUAGGUUCAACUCAAAACUAUGGUCCGUAUUGGUAAGCAAAGAUUGCUUAAGAGGGAAUGGUUUUGCAAAUGACUGUAAUUUUAUUUAUGAUACCAUAAUUGGGAGAAUAAGGGUGUUAGUGGCACCUUUGAAACUUUCUACAGCAUUCAGGAUCCAGGAAUCUACUAAAAAUAUCUUCUCUGCCAUUAGUAACUCUAAGAAUUAACUUUACAUAGCUGUUUUUACCUUGCAAACUGCUCUAGUAUAUCUGUUUGAUAAUUUUUUAUUCGAAUCUCAUCAGUUUUGCUUAAUGGGAGUAGACAUAGCUCAUGAGCGGCUUUUCUGGUUUACAAGAUAUUGCAAUUUGAUUUACCAUUUUUAUUGGUUUUUUAUGUUUUGGAGUUAAAAUCAUUGACAAUGUCAUAUCUAGCUCAUCUCGUAGUGUAAUCUAUGAUUAAAUCUCAAAAAAAUCGUCAUCUAUUUGUCACUCAUGAUUUGGAUCAUAGACAAAGCCUUUUAGAUUUUACAAUUGUCUUUAUACCAACAGAUUAACAUGUACAUCUACCGUAGUGACAGAUUAUUUACGACAGAUGAGGAAGAUCAAUCCCAAAGAGAAAACCCAUUAGGAAGGUCAAGGAUUUAAGUGUGGAACAAAAUAACCAUGAACUCUAUGCAUUCACUACCAAAGGAAAGUGAGGAAGAUAAAGCAACUCAAAAUAUCAUAUAUGGAAAAAGUUAGUCACUUUACAAGAGACCUAGGAGGGCGGAGAAUAUAUGUUCAGCAAGCACUCGGGGAUGCAAGCAUGGAUUUUGAACUGCCAAAGGAAAUCAAAGAUGAAGCUCGCUAAGCUAGUGGCCAACCAGUGUUUUAAAGUUCUAAGCAUGGAGAAUGUUAGUCUACUGCAACCAAUAUUGUCCAUUGUGGCCUCAUGUACUUUAUUUUUUCCUUAUCAUCAGGCUUACGUGGAAGUGCAUAUUCAGGUUGCUGUUUUCUAGUUCCAACAUGAAUGUUGCUGGUUGAAAGGUGUUGGCCUCUUCACAAUCAUUGCUGGUGUGAGUUUACUCGGUACAAGUAAUCAAUUUCAAGAAACGCAAAGAAAUCCCCCCGGAUCCCCCUUUUAGGAUUUAAACUAGAACUCAAAUUCUAGUAUGUGGCGAAGCAUAUUUUGUACUUGAGCAAAUUUUAACUCAUGAAUGGCGAGGUAGGUACUUGACCAAGUUCUCAGGUUUUGUGGUGAGAUUAUAUUUUUUCCUAGAGAAUUAAUAUUCUUGCAAUUUCCCAAUUUGUUGUGCAUUCAAAUUUGUAAGCAUAAACUUAAGUGCUAUAAUCUCUAUUUUCCUUAUAGUGGAUUGAUCGGGUUUGUCCCGUGGUUUUUCCCUCUACAUUAGAGGGUUUUCCACGUAAA